GUCCGUGUAACGUCAAUGCAGCACCAGACCAAAGCAGUCGUUCGUCGGUUUGUUGCCAAUGACAGUCGCCUGCUAACUAAAGUCAUGGCGUUGCUCAAACAAAGUUGUUGUGUUGCUGGUCGUUUCUCCACAAACUAUCUGUGGCUGAAUCCCAGAUGUUUCCCACAUGUUUAUACCAGCAGUCUGACAACUGCGGCCAAAUCCUCCCCGGACCGGACUGACAGAAGGAAGGAGCUUCUGGACGAUGACGGGCCUGAUCUGCAAGACUUUAUUUCAGGGGAUCUGUCGGAGAAAAGCAAGUGGGCAGAAUACAAAGGCAACCUGAAGAGACAGAAGGGAGAGAGGCUACGGCUCCCUCCGUGGCUCAAGACAGAAAUCCCCAUCGGAAAGAACUACAACAGGCUGAAGAACACGCUGAGAGACCUCAACCUGCACACAGUGUGUGAGGAGGCCAGGUGUCCAAACAUUGGGGAGUGCUGGGGAGGAGGAGAGUAUGCCACGGCUACAGCCACCAUCAUGUUGAUGGGAGACACAUGUACCCGCGGAUGCAGGUUCUGCUCAGUAAAGACAGCCCGUCGGCCCCCGCCUCUGGACCCAGACGAGCCCUACAAUACAGCCAAGGCCAUCGCUGCCUGGGGGCUGGACUACGUGGUUCUCACCUCAGUCGACAGAGAUGAUAUUGCUGAUGGAGGCGCGGAGCACUUUGCCAAGACUGUUUCUAACCUGAAGGAAAGAAAACCUCAGAUCCUGGUUGAGUGUCUGACUCCAGAUUUCCGUGGUGACCUGGCAGCAGUGGAGAAGAUCGCCCUGUCAGGGUUAGAUGUUUACGCACACAAUGUGGAAACAGUGCGUGAGCUUCAAAGGCAUGUACGUGACCCCAGGGCGAACUUUGACCAGUCUCUGAGCGUCCUGAAACACGCUAAAAAAGUCAACCCCACUGUUCUCACCAAGACCUCCAUCAUGCUGGGACUGGGGGAGACUGACCAACAGAUACUCGACACCUUGACCGAGCUGCGAGAGGCAGGAGUGGACUGUCUAACACUCGGGCAGUACAUGCAGCCCACUAAACGCCACCUAAAGGUGGAAGAAUACAUCACUCCAGAGAGAUUUGCCCACUGGGAGAAAGUUGGGAACGACAUGGGCUUUGUUUACACGGCCAGCGGGCCACUGGUGCGCUCCUCCUACAAAGCAGGCGAGUUCUUCCUGAAGAAUCUACUGAAGAAGAGAAAAGCAGAAGUCACUGUAGCAGAAUGAAAACCAGCAGCUCCUACAGUCUGCCCUGCAUAUCGCUCUCACCUCGUCCCCACCUUUAACUAUACACAUUCACAGCUACAAGACCAGUUUUACUCCUGCAGCACUGUUAUGAGCCAUAGCACAAGAAACAUGUUUAUCAUAAUGAGUAUUAAGAAGCUGUGCAGUUUAAAAAAAAGAAGGCGGGUGGCUUUAAAUAAGGGCAACAGAAGUGACGUUAAGUACAGGGACCAUUCUUUUACUUCUGCUACUUUUCAGUGCACCUGUCCUUUACCUGUGACGACCUAGAGGUCUACAUUUUCGCGAGAGGAGAUCAAAGAGAACAAAGGGCAGAGAGAGGCCUGCAGAUACGUAGAUAAACCAGCAUGCAGAGAAAAUACAGCCUGGUGUGAGUAGUUGUAAUUUCUAAUCUCUGCACCUCAGGGGCCCCCUAGGUCACAUCCCCAAUCACCUCCCUCCCCUAAGGGGCUUCUGGAUUUCAGGUAAAGAGGCACUGACCUUUGACAGCGAGCUCUGUUUAUGAGCGCUUUGAUGUCUGCAGUUUCAGGACUGAUGGUUUAAUGAAGCAAGAGGGUAUUUGGUUUUGGUCUGAGGGUUCUUGCAGCAACUCAGAAGUAAAAUUAUAUAAUAACAGAUAUAUGUCUGCAAGGACUACUUUAUUACAUUACAGAAAGAUGUAUCUUUAUGCCGCACACUGACCGUUUAGACAAAACGAAUCUUUAAAAUGCACAUUUAUAUUUAAAUAAUUAAAACCUCUCAGUUCAAAUUU